AUGUUCCUUCUCAAAGUCAUCGUCCUCCUUAGCCUUCUGAAUUCUUCUAUUGCUCAAAGAAGCCGUCGAAAGCAGAAGUUUGUCAGGCUGCCAAGCGGAUUCACAUUUCCGGCGGAUGCAGCAAGCAAUUUUCAGAGAGAUUCUUAUAUUCCAGCUACAUUUGCUCCUCCGAAUGAGAAGAUUUUGCAAGCUCCGCCAAGAUACGUUACUGGAGAAAAUUAUCUGUCCAGUGGCUCCCCUUCCCCGACAUCGGAGCCUCAUGGAAUGGAUUACACUGAAUACAAAAAGGCAAUGCAGGCAUACGCUUCAACACCAGUGGUUACACCACAUCCACCAGAAUCCCCAUCUAUCUAUCAAGCUUCUCCUCCCCCCGCAGCCACGGCUCCAACCAUUCCUCCGGUUACUGUAGUUGAGUCACCCGGCUCCGAAAUCGCUACCACCAUAGCCCCUGGACCAGCAACCACUGCUGCGACGAUGGGAUUGAAGAAGGAGAAUAUCGGUGGCAUCGCUCAGAACCUGAACAACCGAUUCUCCAGCUUAUCUUCUGAAGCCAAACAGUCACAACGGGGCCACACGUACACAGCUCUAGGUGGUGGACAGUUCUAUCAAAGUCUACUAGGAGGAAAAGGAAGUUUCUCCCCAUUAUCAUUCUUCCUGAAUGGUGGGUUGGGUGGUGGUCAUAACAAUGGAUUCUUCGUCCCUGUACCAGUGGUUAUUCCACCGCCACCUCCACCUCCGCCUGGUCCGAAAUGUUUCACAAAUCCAUCUGGAUUUCUUUGUUGCAAUGUGACACUGGAAAAGACUAUGGAGGAGGCGUAUAUCGCUGCUAGAGACGGAGGAGCUUCAUCCUGUAAUGUGCAGAAAAUGGCGAGCGCUGUGCAGGCGGUAGCAGAGAAAAAGUUUGGCACUACGUUCGAAUCGGUUGCUGCUCACAAGGACUUCGUAGCCAAAAUCAAUUUCGCUGGCGACCUAAACUGCAAAAUUGAGAUCGACGGGAAGUUUAUAAUGGCCUAUGCGACGCCAAUGUCCGAGCAGGAAGUGAAUAUUGUCGAUGCCAGCUCGUUCUUCUCCGGCGCAGCCGAUCCUGACCUAGAAGGUGUGAAUGGCACGAAGCCAACGUAUAUUGUCUAUGGACCGAUAAAGUAG